AUGCCAUGCUCGAACAUAUUGGGAUCGAUAUUGGAUUUGAAUCAUAGAAAGUCCCGUUUCCUCCGCCUGAUCUUCGACGAUGGCUUCAUCACCCAAGACAGCCUGGACCACCGUUAUGAAGGCUCUGGCACCGACGCUCACCCGUACAUUGUCACCUGGCUGGCUGACGACCCCCGCGAUCCGAUGAAAUUCCGCGACGCCACGAAAUGGGCCAUCACCGUGCUCUCCACCCUGGCCAGCCUGAUCGUGGCGUUCUGCUCCUCGGCAUACUCCGCCGGGCUGGUCGAUAUCACCAACGAAUUCCAUGUCUCAGUAGAAGUUGCGCUCCUGGGAUCCUCACUUUUCGUGCUCGGGUUCGCGCUGGGCCCAUUGCUGUUGGGUGCACUGAGUGAGGCCUACGGACGUCGGGUGAUCAUGCUGGUGAGCGGCGUGUGUCUGACGGCGUUCAGCGCGGGCGUUGCGGCAUCUCCCAAUAUUGCGACGGUGAUUAUUCUCCUUUUUCUCGCGGGCAGCCUGGGGUCCGCGCCGGUGGCUGUCUCCGGCGGCGUGAUAGCCGACUUGUUCUCGGCUAAGGCCCGAGGGGCGCCCAUGGGGUUUUACGCGGCAGUUCCCUUCCUUGCCGUGCUAGGUCCCAUUAUCGGUGCCGCAGUCGAGGUGACGGGUGGCUGGCGGUGGAUCCAGGGGGCCAUGGCUAUCCUCGCCGGAACAGUCACCCUGGCCUUGUUCUGGCUGUUGCCGGAGACAUAUGCGCCCGUGUUGCUGUCCAGUCGCGCCAGGCGGUUGACGAAAACCACAGGCCGCGUCUACCGCAGUGUAAUGGACGUAGGCCAUGGCCGUGAGCAUACCUUUGGUAACGAGCUGCGCACGCUUCUUCUCCGGCCGUGGGUGCUUCUCUUCCGCGAGCCGAUCGUCCUGCUUCUCUCUAUCUACAGCUCGAUCCUCAGUGGGAUCACGUACAUGUCUUUCGCCGCCUACGCAAUCGUGUUCCAGCAGAUCCGGGGCUGGAACUCACUGGACACUGGGCUGACCUUCAUUGGGAUGCUGGUGGGUGUUCUGUUCGCGAUCCCCCACAUCCUUGUCUCCCACACGCGAUAUGUCAAGAGAAUGAACCGGACUCGCUGCCGGGACACAGCCCGCUUGCCACCGGAAGUGCGUCUCCUGGACGCCCUCCCCGCCAGCAUUGCUCUCCCCGUGGGGUUGUUCUGGUUCGCGUGGACGAUUGUUCCUGUGCGCAUUCCCUGGAUCGUUCCCGUUCUGGGGAGUGUUCUGGUUGGGUAUGGCUUACUGAUGAUCUUUCUGCCCUGUUACAAUUAUCUGGUCGACUCGUAUACAAUAUACGCGGCGUCCGUCAUGGCUGCAUGCACCCUCAUGAACUCUGUCUUUGCAGCUGCAUUCCCUUUGUUCACGGAUCAGAUGUAUCAGGGCUUGGGGCCGCGGUGGGCGGCGUCGGUGCCGGCGUUCUUGGCUUUGGCGUAUGGGGCGCUGAUCCGGGCGCGGUGCUUCUACGCUGCCGAGGCGGAUGCGUAUCUAGACCGGAUGCUCCGGGUGGAGGUUCGAGAGGUGCAAGAGUGGCAGGAUGUGCAUUGUCAGGGUUGA